CCUAGAUAACUACUGACCUCUCUCACAGUAGGAAGUGGCAAAACUAUGGCGAACAGGCGAUGCCUACGAACCCUAACCCUAACCCUGACUCGCCAUGACUCAUCCAUCUUCUCCUCAACCCCACCCCUCCUAUCACCACCAAUGCCGUCACCCCUCAAAACCCUAAGCCAUCACCUACAGGGCCUUCUCCUCUCCUCAAAACCUUCCCACAUUCUCCGCAUCCCACAAGUCCAUUGGCCCCCACAUCCUCGCCAAUUCUCCUCCCAUUCCGGAGACGACGACGACGAAGACUAGGACGAUGAUGAAGAAAUGGGCGAGAGCAGUGAUAGUGAAAAGGUUCCGGUCCAAUUGUGUGUAUUCGGCGGAGGAUAAAGAACUCGAGGCGGACGCUAUUGGGUGUAAAGUGGUGGGGCCUCUCCAUUCUUCUGAUCGAGUUUUUAUACCCUACGAGCUGGUCUUCGCUGCUGUGCAGAUUGGUGCUCACCAGUUCAAGGUGAGCAACGGGGAUUGCAUUUAUACGGAGUGGUUGAAAUUAUGUGAGGUCAGUGAUAAGGUGGUGCUGUUACAGGUUACAUGGAAACGGUAAACCAGUCAGAACAGUUUUUUUUACUUUUCACAAGUGGAGGUGGUUGUUGGGAUAGCUCUGUUUGAGACAUGUUAUUCAAUACAUGCCUGAGUUGCUGCAUGUUGAACCAUGUGAUAUUUUCCUGAUUGGAUGUUUCCAUUUGGUGGCUCGAAUCUAUCACUGGGGAGCAUCAAGUCUGACCUGUGUGUGGGAACUCUCAUUUCACAGUUGUCUGUCAUUGGAACUUAAUUCUGUUGGUGAGGAUAUCUUAUUUGGCAGUUCCUUCUAGUGGAAGCUUCAGUCCAUUUGUGGGCAAAUCUCCUUUGGCAGUUGGAGUCCUUUGUUGACUCCAGUUAUCUUUUUGGGGGCAAAUCUCCUUUGCCAUUAGAUCUCUGGUUUCACUGGACAAAUUGUACUGUUGGUGAUACUGGAUUGAUCUCUGUAAACAUUUUCAUUAUCGGGAAAAAUACUUACUAGUGAAAAAUAUUGUCAUUUUAUAAGCACCAUUCCAAGAGUACGUGUCAAGAUAGCAACAGGACUGGCACACGUGUUGGAUGUUCCAAAUUGUUUGAGGAAGGAAAAUUUGAUGGUAACUCCUAUCCCUUCUUACUAUUAAUUUUCCUUUUGUGGAAUUUAUUAUCACAUUAAGUGAAACAAAACUAGCUCAAACUUGAUUUGAUGAAGCUUC